AUGUUUGAACAGGGAACAAAAAUAAUGAUGGCUAAUGGCCAAGCCAAGGAUAUUCAAGAUAUCGCAAUUAAUUCAUACGUUUUGUGCGCUGAUGGGACCAUAGAUCGUGUUACUUCGAUAUCGCAGGAUGUUCAAACGACAUAUCAAAUUCUACAAAAGACCAAACAUAGAGCCAAUGAGGGAGAGCCCGGUAGGGAGGAUCCUAUGAGGAGACAGGUAUUUCACAGGUUGGGAUUUAAAUGCACCGUAGCUCAUAAGUUGCCUUUAAGAACUGCUUCUAAACCAACCUUAGAAAACUCUUUCAAAAGGAAUAAUUUUAAAGUAAAGUGGAAGAAUAUGGAAGAGCAUUUAACUUUUGACGGUAGAAUUGUCAGCUUACCCAAAACUCAUCAUAAGGAUUUUCCGAUGACAUCUGAAGGUGAAUUUCGUGCCAGAUCUUUUAUGGCUGAGAAAGAAGCAGAACAUGGCAGAUACCUCGAAUUCAGCAUUCAAGUCAGAGACCUGGAUCUUUUGGAAGCUCAAAUCCGUGUUAACUCAUUUUUACGAUUUUCACCAGUAGUUACUGGGAGAGGUAUCCUAUCAGAAUUUUUAACUGGUCAAAAGCAUCUCAUUACCCCAUAUGUACUCGAUAUGGCAUGGCUAUUAGGAUUAUGGCUUGGCGAUGGUACAACCAAAGAGCCAGAAAUUAGUGUCGACAGUUUUGACACAUGCCUGAUGGAAGGAUUGAUUGAGAGGUGUAAAACCUGGGGUUUAUUUCCAACUUAUAAGGAUGAACCUAUUCCACUUAGAGCCAAGCACACUAGGCUGUACUUUGGUCAAGAGCCCGAUGGGAAUAGAAGGAAUAGGAACUUGAGAAAGGAUAAUCCUUUUUGGAAUGCGGUAAUAAAUCUCAAAUUCAAGAGAGACCUCGAUGGUGAGAAGCAAGUGCCUUCAUUUAUGUGGACAGAAGACAUCGAAGUUCGCGAAGCAUUCUUAGCUGGUUUGAUUGACUCAGAUGGCUAUGUGGUUAAGAGGAAUGAAGGGCCUGAUGCUUUCAAGGCCUCAAUCCAAACUAUAUACCCAUCAAUCAUGAACGGUAUUGUUCAUGUCUCUCGUUCACUUGGUAUUGCGUCCACGGUGACGACACGAUCGGCGAGAACUGAGACGAUUGAAGGUCGCAAAGUCAAUUGUCAUUUCACUUAUGAUUGCCACAUCGCUGGACGCACUCCGCUUCAAAAGGUCUUAUCCUAUUGUUGUAGUGGUCAUAAAAAGAGACCUGUGCCAAAAGUCAUAAUAAGAGAACCGAUCUACUUUGGAUUCAAUGAGGAAAAGCGUGGAUUACAACCAGUCUUUGGGAUAACCACGGAACAGGGCAAGAAAAUCUUGCUAGACAAUAAACUUGUAGCUCAUACUUGUGGAGAGCAUUGCAUAAAAGAACAACCGAAAUUCACAACAACAAAAGGUCUUAAGCAUUGCAUAGCAUGUCCACGUAAAGGAGUGAGAUACUUUUAUAAGGACUGGUCAGGUAAUCAUCGUAUCUGUGGGCGUUGUUAUGGACGUUAUAAAUUCAGCGGUUAUAGGUGUCUGAAUUGUAAAUAUGUUCCCGAAGCUAGAGAAGUAAGAAAGGCCAAACAAAGAGGCGAGGAAUUGGGAGUUUCUCCUGAUGGAAUCACAGUUAGCGGGCUAAUUUGUGGUAGGUGUAAAGGCAUUCUCAAAUUCGAUGAGAUUAGAGGACCUCGAAAAGUAAAUGCGAUAAUCGCUUCUUGA